GCCGCGCGGUCCGCGGGGCGCGCGGCCCGGCGUUUGCCCCGGAAGUGGCUGUCUUCAGCCGACAGCUGCUGCGAAGGCGGCGGCGGCGAGGGCGGCGGCGAGGGCGGCGGGCCCGGAGCAAGAUGGCGCUGCGGCCGGGAGCUGGUGCUGGCGGCGGCGGGGCCGCGGGAGCCGGCGCGGGGGCCGCCGGGGGAGGCAGCUUCAUGUUUCCUGUUGCAGGUGGGAUAAGACCCCCUCAAGCAGGCCUGAUGCCGAUGCAGCAACAAGGAUUUCCUAUGGUCUCUGUCAUGCAGCCUAACAUGCAAGGCAUUAUGGGAAUGAAUUACAGCUCUCAGAUGUCCCAGGGACCUAUUGCUAUGCAGGCAGGAAUACCAAUGGGACCAAUGCCAGCAGCGGGAAUGCCUUACCUAGGACAAGCGCCCUUCCUGGGCAUGCGUCCUCCAGGCCCACAGUACACUCCAGACAUGCAGAAGCAGUUUGCCGAAGAGCAGCAAAAACGAUUUGAACAGCAACAAAAACUCUUAGAAGAAGAACGAAAAAGGCGCCAGUUUGAAGAGCAGAAGCAAAAGCUCAGACUUCUGAGCAGUGUGAAACCCAAGACAGGAGAGAAGAGUAGAGAUGAUGCUUUGGAAGCCAUAAAAGGAAACUUAGAUGGAUUUUCCAGAGAUGCAAAAAUGCACCCGACUCCAGCAUCGCACCCCAAGAAACCAGAUUGUCCCACAUCUCAUGCUACUAAAACUGUCUUCCCAUCACCUGCCUUUCUCGACCAAGAAGAAUUCAGUGACUUUAUGCAGGGGCCUGUUGAAGUGCCCCCGUGCGGGCCUUCUGCCAUGUCCCAGCCCUUUCAGUCUCUCCACCCCUCCACCCCACUUGGCCAGCUGCAUGCACAGAAGGCUGGGACACAGCCCCUCCCUCCAGAUCACAGUCCAGUGCCUUUUGCCUUACAUGGUGUCCCUGAGCAAAUUUCUUACUUCUCUACUGCUUCAACCUCACACAAUAUACCGAAAGCAGGCCCUUCCUUGGAGGAGAAGCUCCUAGUAUCUUGUGAUAUAAGUACAUCUGGGCAGGAACAAAUAAAAUUAAAUACCUCUGAAGUUGGCCACAAAGCCCUAGGCCCAGGUUCCAGUAAGAACCAUCCCAGUUUAACGGCCAGUAAUGGGGGUGCUGUAGAUGGAUGUGUAAGUGGUACCACCACUGCCGAGGCAGAAAAGACUUCAGAUCAAAACCUGUCAAUUGAAGAGAGUGGUGUGGGAGUAUUUCCCUCACAGGAUCCUGUGCAGCCCAGAAUGCCUCCUUGGAUUUACAAUGAGAGUUUGGUUCCAGAUGCCUAUAAGAAAAUCUUAGAAACCACAAUGACUGCAACUGGAAUAGAUACUGCUAAACUGUAUCCCAUUCUGAUGUCAUCUGGACUUCCCAGGGAAACUCUUGGGCAGAUAUGGGCCUUCGCUAAUCGAACUACACCUGGCAGACUUACGAAAGAAGAACUUUAUACCGUUCUCGCCAUGAUAGCAGUGACACAGAGGGGUGUUCCUGCAAUGAGUCCUGAUGCUUUAAACCAGUUCCCAGCAGCUCCUAUUCCAACUUUAAGUGGUUUUUCUAUGACUCUGCCUACACCAGUGAGUCAGACAACUGUGAUACCGUCAGGCCCUGCGGGCUCCAUGCCCCUCAGCCUUGGACAGCCAGUCAUGGGCAUUAACCUUGUUGGACCAGUGGGUGGAGCUGCAGCCCAGGCUUCUGGUGGUUUCCUGCCAACUUACCCUGCAAAUCAGGUAGUAAAGCCAGAAGAAGACGACUUCCAGGAUUUUCAAGAUGCUUCUAAGUCAGGAUCCCUUGAUGACUCAUUCAGUGAUUUCCAAGAGUUGCCUGCUUCUUCAAAAACAAGUAACUCCCAGCAUGGAAAUAGUGCCCCUUCUUUGUUGAUGCCGCUUCCUGGAACGAAAGCCUUGCCUUCAGUGGACAGAUAUGCUGUAUUUAAAGGAAUUGCGGCUGAUAAGUCUUCUGAAAAUACUGUUCCCCCUGGAGAUCCUGGUGAUAAAUAUAGUGCUUUCAGAGAACUCGAACACACAGCAGAGAAUAAACCUUUAGGAGAAAGCUUUGCAGAAUUCAGAUCUGCAGGAACUGAUGAUGGUUUCACCGAUUUUAAAACAGCCGAUAGUAUAUCACCACUAGAGCCAGCGACAAAAGACAAAACUUUUCCACCAUCCUUCCCCUCAGGAACUAUACAGCAGAAACAACAAACACAAGUGAAAAAUCCUCUGAACUUAGCAGACCUUGAUAUGUUUUCCUCAGUUAAUUGCAGCAGCGAGAAACCAUUGUCUUUUUCAGCUGCGUUUAGUACAGCUAAAUCAGCUUCCACACCACAGUCAACAGGUUCUGCUGCUACUACAUUGGCAUCGACAGCAUUGGCAUUGACGAAAACUUCUAGUUUGGCUGAUGAUUUUGGAGAAUUCAACCUUUUUGGGGAAUAUUCUAGUCUAGCAUCUGUUGGGGAGCAGGAUGACUUUGCAGAUUUUAUGGCUUUCAGUAAUAGCUCUAUUUCAUCUGAGCAAAAGGCAGAUGACAAAUAUGAUGCCCUUAAAGAGGAGGCCAGUCCUGCUUCUCUAACCAGCAACAUGGGCAGCACAGUGAAGGGUGGACAGAAUCCCACUGCUGCGUCUAGCAAGUAUGAUGUCUUCAGACAACUUUCUCUGGAAGGGUCUGGAGUAGGUGUUGAAGACCUGAAAGAUAACACUCCUUCAGGAAAAAGUGAUGAUGAUUUUGCUGACUUCCAUUCCAGCAAACUUUCUUCUAUAAACUCGGACAAAUCCCUGGGAGAGAAGGCUGUGGCCUUCAGACACACCAAAGAAGACUCUGCGUCAGUGAAGUCCUUGGAUCUCCCUUCCAUUGGUGGCAGCAGUGUUGGCAAGGAGGACUCUGAAGACGCACUCUCUGUUCAGUUUGACAUGAAACUGGCUGAUGUGGGAGGAGAGCUUAAGCAUGUCAUGUCUGAUAGCUCUUUGGAUUUACCAACAGUUAGUGGCCAGCAUCCUCCUGCUGCAGAUAUAGAGGACUUAAAAUAUGCUGCUUUUGGAAGCUACAGUAGCAAUUUUGCAGUGAGCACACUUACAAGCUAUGACUGGUCAGACAGGGAUGAUGCAUCUCAGGGCAGAAAACUCUCUUCAUUUGUCCUCUCAGCAGGAAGUGGAUCCCCCUCAGCCACCUCAGUUCUUCAAAAGAAAGAGACUUCAUUUGGCAGUUCUGAAAACAUCACCAUGACAUCUCUCUCCAAAGUAACGACCUUUGCAAGUGAAGAUGCUCUUCCAGAGACAACCUUCCCAGCUUUUGCCAGUUUUAAAGACAUGAUUCCUCAGACCCGUGAGCAAAAGGAAUAUGAAAGCCGAGACUAUAAAGAUUUCACAAGACAGGACCUGCCCACGGCUGAACGGAGCCAAGAGGCCACGUGUCCCAGCCCAGCUUCCAGUGGCGCCUCUCAAGAAACCCCCAACGAAUGUUCAGAUGACUUUGGAGAGUUUCAAAGUGAAAAGCCCAAAAUCAGCAAAUUUGACUUCUUAGUAGCCACUUCACAAAGCAAAAUGAAAUCCAGUGAAGAAAUGAUCAAAAGUGAGCUGGCAACCUUUGACCUUUCUGUUCAAGGAUCCCACAAGAGGAGUUUGAGCCUUGGUGAUAAAGAAAUAAGCCGUUCUUCUCCUUCUCCGGCUGAGCAGCCUUUCAGAGACCGUUCCAAUACUCUCAAUGAGAAGCCCGCGCUGCCUGUCAUCCGAGACAAGUACAAAGACUUGACAGGAGAGGUGGAGGAAAAUGAGAGAUACGCAUAUGAAUGGCAGAGAUGCCUGGGGAGUGCCCUGGAUGUCAUUAAGAAGGCAAAUGAUACCUUAAAUGGAAUCAGUAGUAGUUCUGUUUGCACGGAAGUAAUUCAGUCAGCACAAGGCAUGGAAUAUUUAUUAGGUGUUGUUGAAGUGUACCGGGUAACCAAGCGUGUGGAGCUGGGGAUAAAGGCCACUGCAGUAUGCAGUGAGAAACUCCAGCAGUUGCUGAAGGACAUCGAUAAAGUGUGGAACAACCUAAUUGGCUUCAUGUCACUCGCCACACUCACACCAGAUGAGAACUCGCUGGAUUUUUCCUCCUGCAUGCUACGGCCUGGGAUUAAAAACGCUCAGGAACUUGCCUGCGGCGUGUGCCUGUUAAACGUGGACUCAAGGAGCCGGAAAGAAGAGAAGCCUGCAGAAGAACAUCCUAAAAAAGCAUUCAACUCAGAAUCCGACAGUUUCAAGCUGGCCUAUGGAGGGCACCAGUAUCACGCCAGCUGUGCCAACUUCUGGAUCAACUGUGUCGAACCAAAGCCUCCUGGCCUCGUCCUGCCUGACCUGCUCUGAACAACUCCUCUGUGAAGCAUUGGCUUUUUUUUCUGUGACACCCCAUGGGGUGACAGGGACCAAUAACUAGAAUGCGAACGCUGCGCAGCUGGCUGCCGUGACUCUAGGUGAAGAACACCGCAAGGCAUGGGGGACGCUGCAGGGUCCAGUCAUUCCCACAGCCGGUCUUCGGGAUCGGAGGUAAAAUUGUCCCACCCAAACUGCACAUGGCACCCGAAGUUUGCUCACUUCUGUCUACUUUUGUUAAGAUCUUCUAAAAUAUGGACCGUAGCUUUCUUGAUCUAAGGAAUAAUUUGCUGCUGCAGUAUUGAAACUGUGAAGAACUGACAUUUGAAGAAAAAUAAAUUAUUGUGCGGGACUGGAAUGGGCGAGGGUUUCGAGCCAGUGCUUGUUCUUAUCUAGGACGCCUACUGUCCUGUGCAGUAGAAUGCGUGUAUCUGCAUUUAGUUUGUUAAUGUCUGCAAUGAAUAAAAAGGGGAAAUUGCGAUUAAACUGACGUUCUGCUUUUUCUAGAGAAGAUUCUGCCCAUCUCCCCUGGAUGGUAGCAGGCAGGUGAGGGUAGCUUUCACCAACUUUGUUGUCAUAACUGAACCAGUUCUCUACUUUUAUUUCUGUCAACUAUCAAGACUUUUUUCCAAAACAGGCCUGGGCACUCUGCUGUCGUGAAGAAUGCUCAUUUUGACGGAGGCCCAAAUCCUGUGUAUCAGGAUAACACCCUUCCCCCGAGGAGCCUUCCCUGCAAACCCGUUUUGCCACAUGCAAAGACUGCGACGGCAGUUUUCUCGGACGAGGUUCGGAAAGGCGGUGGGAUGAAAUCUCUUGGCAGUGGCCUGACUCCAGAUUUCCAGAGACGACUGCAUAGGGACCAACACUGCCUGACUUCACAGCAGUAUCUUGAGAAAAACCUGAAAAUUAAUUCAGGGUGAAAAUGUGGAGUUCUCGGCCUAGUGUAAAGUAGCAAGAUGUAUAUUUAUGGGGUAGAUACAUGACUUAGAAGAAGUAGAAGGAAAUCGUUGAGAAAUAGUACUGAAUUUUAGAUGGAAAAGCUCCUGCUUCCCGGUGUAGGGAAUUUUCUUUGCCAUUUAAUCUGAAUGCAUAAAAUUAGAGG